AGAGAGAGAGAGGCAGGGAUGAUGGCGUCUCUGGCGGCUUGAUGCUGCUGCGCUGACAAACCCGCUUUAAUAGCAUAGGUGUCGGCGGAGAGGCGGGGUGCUGCUGGCGAGGGGGGCGGGGGUGAGAGCCACAAGAGACGGGGACAUGACGAAACAGCAGCGCGGAGGAGGACGGACAAACUAGGCUGAGAGACGGACGGACAGUCAGUCGCCUUUACCCCCUUUACCUCCUCCUCCUCCUCCUCCUCCUCCUCCUCCUCCUCCUCCUCCUCCUCCUCGCUGACGGCUUGACUGACACACACACAUGCACGCACGCACGCACAGCCGCCUGGCACAUACAUGCACACCAUUCACUUUUUUUCCCCGGCUGCGCAUCCUGGAGUAAUUGGGUAACUGGGAAGCUCCACGGCAGAUGAGGGCAUCGCAUGUCCAGCCUGGCCCGGGAAUCCGCGUGACCCCCGACGGAUAGGAGUUCUCCACUUGACAGUGGUGGAAACAGGCUGUCGCUAUGGUCUAAAAGGAGGAGGAGGAGGAGGAGGAGGAGGAGGAGGAGGAGGUUGAGAUUUUAACCCCUUUGCACCGAAGCCCGUCUGUCUGAGAGCCAGCUCCGAACGCCGGGGCCAUAAACCCCCUCUGUCAGCAGCGGCAGCAAAGUAUUCAUCGAAUAAAUCGGAUUUCCAUUUCACAUGAGCGCCGCUUUCUCCCUCUCUCUCUCUCUCUCUCUCUCUCCCCCUCUCUGUCUCUCUCCUCAGGAUGGGGGGAGUAAGUGAAGGAGAUGAUGUGUUGGCUCGAUGGAGUGAUGGACUACUGUACCUCGGCAAUGUAAAAAGAGUCGACGGCGUCAAGCAAUGCUGCCUGGUGAGAUUUGAGGACAACUCUGAGUUCUGGGUGCUGAGAAAGGACAUUCACUCGUUUGCCGCUGGAGUGGAAGAAGUUUGCUGUAUCUGUGACGCGCCGCCUCUUAAAGAACCCCUCAUAAAUUGUCUUAAAUGUCGCCACGGUUAUCAUCCAGAGUGCCACACGCCAACCAUCGAACCGGAAGCUGACAGCGAUUCGUGGAUAUGUCGGCAAUGUGUCUUUGCAGUCGCAACCAAGAGAGGCGGGGCCCUCAAGCGGGGACGCUUUGCCCGGCUCAUGCAGUUCAUGAAACUCCGACUCCCUUACCAGCUGUCGUCUCUGGACUGGGACCCGCAGCACCUGACCAAUCAGCAGCAGUGUUACUGCUACUGUGCCGGACCUGGAGAGUGGAACCUGAAGAUGCUGCAGUGCGGAGGCUGUGGUCAGUGGUUCCACGAGGCCUGCACACAGUGUCUAACGAAGCCAUUACUGUAUGGAGACAGGUUUUAUCAGUUCCAGUGCUCUGUGUGCACAAAGGGACCAGAGACCAUCCAAAGACUACCCAUGACCUGGGUGGACUUGGCUCACUUAGUGCUCUACCAUCUCUCGCUGUGCUGCAAGAGGAAAUACUUUGAUUUUGACCAUGAAAUCCUGUCCUUCACCAACGAGAACUGGGACUCGUUGCUCCUGGGCGCGCUCUCUGACACGCCGAAGCAGGACCGCUGUCACAAUCUCCUCAACGCUCUGAACUCCCACAAGGACAGGUUUGUCUCCGGAAAGGAGAUCAAGAAGAAGAAGUGUCUUUUUGGGCUCCAGGUCCGAGCCCCGCCUCCGCUGACCUCCGAUUCGUCUCCCCUUAUCACGGAGCCACCUAUCAACAUCACACACCGCAGAAGGUCAGACCCGCUGUCACUGCCCUGCCAGAGGAGAGUCGGGGGGCCCGAGUCCCGUAAAUCAAAGCGUCGCAUCAUGGAGACACAGGCUUGUCCACCUCCGGUCGCUGCCAACCCCAUUGAGCUGCUGCCAUGUUGUCAUGGUUACAUGGGAGAGGCCAACCUUUACAACUCCAGGAAGUCCGAGGAGGAGCUCAACCUGAGCUCUCCUCCCAAACGGAUGUACGGCCGCUACCACUCCACCUACAAUGGAAACACUGCACUCUCCAGGAGCCUCCAUCACUACAACAGCAUGGAGGACACCUGCCGGUUACCACCACCCUGCUUCCCAUACCCUCUCAAUUCCAACGGCAGCCAUCACCACCACCCCCUCCACCAGCACCAUCACAGCCACCAACACAACAACAACAACCACCAACACCAGCACCAACCGGGGCAGAAGCCGCUGGAGCCCCUCAUCCUGCGAGAUUUGCCCCCUUACCAGGCCGACAUGGGCGGAGGCGGUGGCGUAGGUGGAGGCGGAGGAGGAGGCGGCGGAAGCGGAGGGGGUGGCGGGGGUGGCGGCGGAGGAGGAGGAGGAGGAGGGCUGGUGGGAGUCGGAGGAGGCGGGACAGUGGCCAGGAGCUGGGGUGGAGGGGAGGCGGUGAGGAUCUUGGCGAGACGCGUGACGCCGGACGGGAAGGUUCAGUACCUGGUGGAAUGGGACAACGUGAGUUUGUACUGAGAGCAAACAGGAAACAGAAGGACGGCUCUGCGGCUGCCGCUGGAAUACUGUGUUUGAAGUACACGCAAAACAGAAAAGGAAAAAAAAAGAAAACUCACAACACGUCGCAAAGAAUCCAGGUUGCUCUCAUAGCAUCACCUCUGCUCGGCAUCAUUAUAACCUCACUACUCGGUAUUAAUGUCCCUCUUUGCUAGUGUUUCUCUGAUAUUUGUACUGUUAACUUUGGAAUAUGCCUUUGCAUUUAUCAUGUUUUACAGUGAUGAGGGGAAAUAGUUAAACCUCCAGAGGAUUUGUGAGAUUACUGCUUUUUUUCUUUGCUAAAUUAUAGGAUUAGUUCCCACCAUUAAAACAAGAAACAAAAAAAAAUAUAACAUGCUGCCAAUUUUAUAUAUUUUGAGAAAUAUGCUUAUUUGCUCUCUAAUAAGAUGGAGACAAGAGACAGUUUAGAUUAAGACUGGAUGCAGGGAAACUGUCCAAAUGUUGAAAACAGAUCAUUCUUCCACUGCCUCUAAAGUGUUUUCUUUUAAUUUGUAAAGGAACCAAAAGUGUAGAGGUACAGGACCAUGAGGAUUAUAUUCAUUUAAAAUUCUACUGUGGUAAGAAAGCUUAUUUGCAGCUAAGACAUCAAACAAAGUUUCACUUUUUCAACCAAAUUUAGUCCAAUUAUAGUCUGGAAAUCUAAAUAUAUAAAUAAUUUGACUCGCAUCACCAAAUUAGGACUCAUGGGUAUUUGAAAAUAAACAUUUUCAAAGGUAAGAAAUCAUUUAUAGUUUUAAACAGAAGCAUGGCAGCUAAUAUAUCGGUAUCCCAGGGAUAUCGAAGCUAAACAACCAGUUGCCAAACUCCCAUCAUCACUUUAGAAACGUCUCAUCAGCAACUGCACCACCUCCAUCAGCUGAAGGUUCCAGUUCACGAGGAGUUCAGGAGAAAAUGAAGAGUGAUUAAUGAUCCGUCGUCACAGAAACACUGUGACGUGGCGGCAGCUCCGGCAGAAGCAGAAACCUUUUAUUGUCCAGGAAGAGACGGAGCAGCGCUGCCAGUCUUGUACUCGUCGAUGCCUUGCUCAAGGACACUGUGACAGUGGAGGUUUAUGGGAUUUCACUUUCAUCUCCUCACGAUUUAUCUUCACAAAUUCUCUGGAGGUUUUUCAUAUUUCUUCUCAUCGCAGUAUGUUAGUAAAAGAUUGUAUACACGUUAUUACCAGGUUACUUAUUUGCUGAGUUAGAUUUUGUCAUACAUCAUUUACAUCUAGACUAUUAUACGUAUUAGAGAUAGGAGCCACCAGACGGCUUUUGUUUUAUAGAUAGAAUUAUAUAUUCACAAUAUAUUGCUAUGAUGGAACAACUUCAUUUUAUUUUUUUCACGUGGUUGCAUAGUGCCUAUAUGGGUUGAGUACCUGCCAAUCGGCCAAUCGGACGACACAUGAACGAGGCCACAUUGCUACGGAGCAAGAGGACGUCUCUCCGUCAGUUAAAGGAGACAUAUGAUGCUUUUUUUUCAGUUUAGAAAACACUGCUCGAUACUUCCUGGGCAUCGUGAUGUCACAACGAGCGGUGAAACAGUUUGAGGGAAAGUGUUGUCGGAACAUUAGAGCGUGUAAAACUUUUUCUCAAGUUAAACGUACGACCGUGAGUAUGAGCACGAUAUGUCUCCUUUAAACAGAUACAACCACAUGGGUGAACGACGACCCGCUAUCACGUUGAGCCGAGUUUUUAAACGAGAACUGGACUGUGAUCAAACUGUACAUUCCAAACAAACGACAAAAGAGAAAUUUACUUUAUACGUUACCGAAACGUCAUCAGAAAGGGCCUUUUAUUUUGAAAGGAUGCGUGUGUUUUUUGAAGGUGCAGCCACUCUGCUGCUGCUGCUGUUCGGUUUCCUGACGCAGGAAGUUCAGUCCUUAGGGUUCAGGUGAAGAAGACGCUGACAGGCCCGACUUACUCAAACCCAGAGUCUCUUAUUUUGAAGGUACAACAUGAAAACAGGGCCUGACGGAUCAUGGCCCCUCUUCUCGAAAGCGUUCUUUCUUUUCACAGGCGAGCGGGAGCGCUGAAGCUGGAUUUGAUCUUUGUUACAUGAUUCUAGAAAACUGUGGUGCAAGUUUCAGAGUUUAUAUUUUAUACAGAGGUUUAUUUCAGUGAUCUGUUCGAUAAAACUUUACACCACAUACACAUUUGUCAGUUUUAACCUCGGAAGAAAGGUUGUGUUAUUGUUUUAGUUGAAGAAAAAAAAAAAAGACAAGUGCAGCGUUUAUAUGGUAAAUCAGACCAAUGCAGACCUCUCCGAUUUAAUUUCAACACAAUCCUCCCUGUUGAGUUCUCUCCAGUGCUGACGUGUACGUUUCAGGCCAACACCUAUUCUCGUCAUCCUCCUCAGUGACUGUUUGACAGUAGUUUAUCAGGAAGGUCGGAACCUUUCCAGGCGAUGGUGAUGAAUGUAUCUGUGUGUUUUCUAUGGUAUGUCUAUACCCGUCAAGUGCUUGUUAUAGGUUGUACUCAAGGUGGAACUCAACCAGAUUAGUUUGAGACUAAACAGGAGGAGGAGUUAAAGGACGUCCAAGCAUUGAGGAACAGACUUUUAUUUUGGUGGAGAGGUAUAGUCUUCUUUUUUUCUUAUUGGUAGUCAAGUCCAAGUUCACUUUGAUGUAUUUUUGGAGAAAUUACGUUUGUACAUGUAUACUCUGCAUUGACGCACCUAAUAUGUAACAGGAAUAAUAAAAAAAGUUUCACCUCA